CAAUUUUAUAUCUAAUUGCAUUGGAACGAACAAAGCCGAUUUAAAGUUAAUACAAUUUCAAAAAGAUUGCAAAAAAAAAAAACAUUAAAAUGUCAUUUACACUGAAAUGUGGCAUUUUAUUAAUUGUGAUUUUGAAUUUAGCUCGAGCAGAUGAUGAUAAAUAUGAAAUGUUUGUUGAUAAAUUGGAAUUGAUCAAAGGAAAAGAGAUCCUAGCUGCAACCGAAAUCAAAGUUGAAAAAACUGGGCCAACUAAUUUUGUAUUCCGAGGAGAAGUUGAACAUUUUAAAGAAUUCAAUGACGAUUGGACGUUAGCUUUAAAAGUCUUCAAAGCCAAUACAGCCGAUGAAGGAUUUAAACCUUUGAUAAACUAUCCAACUAAAGGUACAAAGGGAGUAUGUACAGUUCUGAAAAAUGAAUACAAAAAGUUAUUCUACGACAGCAUUAAGGAUUGUUCUACAGCACCCCACUUUGACACAUGUCCAUUAAAAGAAGCCAAAUACACUUUUAAUGACUGUUCUUUCGAUGCAGGUGUUUUUAAGAAAUUCUUAAAUAAGGGUUACUACCUUAUUCAGGUGCAUUUAUCACAUUUGGAAGAAGCUGAUUUAGUGCAAUACGAUUUGUAUGCUCAUGUGGAAACUGACAAAUGAGUUGAAUUGAAUUAAUAAUAAUAAUUCAGUGUAGUUGCAUGUAAUUUUUUUAUUGGAAACUAGGUAACGGGGAUUAGAAAAUAAAAUUGACAAUAUUUUUGG